UGACCUAUUCAAUGCCCCCACUCUCUCUUUUUUUUUAUUUGACUUUAGUUACCGUUUACUUUUUCUUACUUCCGGUCAGCACGCGUCAACGUCAAUUACCCGGAUGUCUUUGAAACGACUGUAAGAUGUCGCACGUGCUUCUCUUUUCGCGGACCACUCGUGACUUGUCUCGGGCUAGUUUGAGUAACACCUCCCGCACAAGUGGUUCAGGUCCGAGUUGGUUGGUGGGUUCGCGCGUGGACGGUGUCAGGCUGGUUCCACGUGUCUACAUUCGAGGAAGGAAGAGCCAAGAAAGAGGCGGUAGUCUUUCAGCGGGUAGGGGGGGGUCAUACUGAAUGCCGCCGCCACCAUUCGAGUGACUCUCGAAUCGAAACCGGCGCGGUUAUUUUGGUGACUGGGACCCGCUACAAGCCAACGACGACGUCCUCCAUUCAUCUGGAACUUGGGCUCGACUUUAAAAGUUGCUUCUAAUUCAUUCGGUUACUUUGGAUUAUUUUCUUCUUCAUUGAAACGUCCUAUGCGUGGUUUUGCGCGUAGUCAACGGCACACACCGACGGGCUCGCCAUGAACGGGGAACCAGAGGAGAAGAAGCCCGGCGAGGAGCGGCAUGACUCGGACAAAGACGCCAAGCUGGAGUCGGGGGAAUCCCCGGAGAUUCUCGUGCGCCUCAGCGCUUCGAACGAGCCCACCUCGGCGGACAGAGUUUGGGAGACGCGCUUGUACAAGCGCCGCUGGGUCAUGGUGUUCCUCUUCAGCUCCUACUCGCUGUGCAACUCGUACCAGUGGAUCCAGUACGGCAUCAUCAGCAACAUCUUCAUGAAGUUCUAUCAAGUGGACGCCUUCACCAUCGACUGGAUGUCCAUGAUCUACAUGCUGACCUACAUCCCCUUCAUCUUCCCGGUGACGUGGCUGCUGGACAAAAAAGGGCUGCGGGUGGUGGCCCUGGCCGCCACGGCGCUCAACUGCGCCGGGACCUGGUUCAAGGUGGGCAGCGUCCAGCCCCACCUGUUUGCCGUCACCUUCGUGGGUCAGUUCUGCUGCUCCUUGGCGCAAGUCUUCAUCCUGGGCAUGCCGUCCAGGAUCGCGUCCGUCUGGUUCGGAUCCGACGAGGUGUCCACCGCCUGCUCCAUCGGCGUCUUUGGGAACCAGCUGGGCAUCGCCAUCGGGUUCCUGGUGCCGCCCAUCCUGGUCCCAAAUGUGGACAACGUGGACGAGCUGGCCCACCACAUCAGCAUCAUGUUCUACAUCACCGCCGGGGUGGCCACCUUCCUCUUCAUCCUCGUCGUCGUCGUCUUCCAAGAGCAGCCCAAGCUGCCCCCGACGCAGGCUCAGGCCACGGCCCGAAGCAUCCCGCCCGAGCAGUACUCCUACAGCGCCUCCAUUCGUCGGCUGCUGCGCAACAAGCCCUUCAUCCUCCUCAUCAUCACCUACGGCUUGAACGUGGGCUGUUUCUAUGCCGUCGGCACCUUGCUGAACCGCAUGAUCAUCGAGCACUACCCGGGCGAAGAGGUCAACGCGGGCCGGAUCGGCCUGACCAUCGUCAUCGCCGGCAUGGUGGGCUCCCUCAUCUGCGGCCUGUGGUUGGACCGCACUAAAACCUACAAGCAGACCACCCUGGCUGUUUACUUGAUGUCUCUGGUGGGGAUGAUGGUCUACGCCGCCACGCUCAGCCUGGGCCACCUCUGGGUGGUCUUCGUCACUGCCGGAGUUCUCGGCUUCUUCAUGACCGGCUACCUGCCGCUGGGCUUCGAGUUUGCCGUGGAGCUGACCUAUCCCGAAUCGGAGGGAACCUCCUCCGGGCUCCUCAACUGCUCUGCGCAGGUUUUUGGCAUCAUCUUCACCAUCUGCCAGGGCAAAAUCAUCGACACAUUUGGCACGCUGCCGGGAAACAUCUUCCUGUGCGUCUUCCUCCUGCUGGGCACCGUCAUGACAGGCUUCAUCAAGUCGGAUCUGCGGCGGCAAAAAGCCAACCAGUUGGCCAAAGCGGAAGCGGAGGCCAUGACGUCGGGACCGGACUACGGCGCCACGUCCUAAAUCUCCACAGCGCAGACGCCGCCUUCACUAUAAAGCGUUCCUUAAACAAACCCCCCAAAAAUCUCAUCAAAUCAUAGCGCCCUCCACAGGCGCGCUAAGGUAAUGAUCACACCACGCCAAUCCAUCUGCUUCCCAGUUGCCGCUUCUUUUUCGCCUCUUAAGCCGCAGUGCUGACCUGAGCUUCAUUCAAGUGAUGACGUCAUUUGCAAGUCAAGUGUCGUUCGUUCACUGGCGGUUUCCCCCCGUGCUGCCUCUUUUCUCCACAAGAGGGAGACAGAGGACGAGAUUCUCUCAUGGGCAAAGUGAUGGACGCACUGCUACUUGAAUGGGAAAUGCAUUUGAAACGUUCUAAUCUAAUGCCUCUAAUUUCGGCACAACUUAGUUUUGCACUCAUUUACAAACGUGAUGAAAAAUAACGCUCAUCACUUAAAUAAGGAAGGAAAACUAGCCACUAGGUUCUAAGUUGGCGUGUGUACUGUUUCCACCUGCAGGGACCAUGUGACAGGCUGAGAGGAGGCAUGUCCACAAACCUUGUCCUCCAAGAAGAAAAGUUUUAAAAAAAGCACAAAACUGCACAAUUAACAGCGCGAUAUGUACAAUUGUAAUCUUUAUUUUUUACGAUUAAUGUUCAAUUUAGAUUGACCUAACUUGAUUGCCAUGCUUUGAUAUUAAAUCCUUCUGACAAUCGUCAA